GGAAUGAACGGAGCCUGGCACCGUUUGAAUCUCGGUGGGCUCGCCGUACGCGCUCUCCCGCUCGCACGAUAAUAAUAUUUUGGUGCCAGCAUUUCCAGCCAGCGGAUGCGCUUGCCUGCAGCAGCCCUCGUGCAGUUCGGAAAGCGCUUUUCCUACCCCGUGCAGCUGAAGUUUGACUGCUCGGAAAAACUGGUUUAGUCGAGUAUACGCAUCGGUCGCGUUCGGUCGUGCCCAACACGCAGUCGUGCUCGUCGUCGUCGUGGUGGUGUUGGUGUUGGUAGUGUGUGCGCGCGUCUUCCAGCAAACAGCCCCUUUCCGUUCGUCGUCGUCGUCGUUGUUGUUGUUGUUAGUGCGCUACUAUCGAUUGUUCCGCGGGGUGAGUUUUCGCGUGCCCCGUUGGGUAUACGGUACCCCCAUCCCGUCCCGUUCGGUUAAUCGGCAGUGAAGUGUCGAGCCCCCUCCCGAGAGGUGCCAGUUGCAGGUGCCAUGUGAAGAAUGUGGUGCAAAUUAAAAUUAAUUACAUAUUCAAAAUACAGCCCCGUCCCACGCCGGCCCACUGCCGAACUGCACCGGUAGGAAAGCUCACAAGCUUGUGCCGUGUUCGCGUUGCCCAGAGUGUGUGUCCAAGUGUUCAUUUCCUGACCGAAACCGAUUGGCGUUGUUUUUGUAUGGUUGUAUUGCUGGCCACUGUUGAGUUUGUAGUGCCGUGACCGGAAAUCGAUUUCGGGCUGGUCAAUCUCCGAAAGCAUAAAUGCACCUUAGCACCAUCACCCCUCCCGCUUCCAGUUGGUCAGUUUCGUUCCACUGUGCAGUGAAGUGAUUUGUGCAACGCGAAACGGGAACGCAGUGGAUGUGUGAUUUACCUGGGCGAAAGCAUUUGCGUUUGUGCAGGUGUGCGUCGUAUGAGUGUAUAUGUGUGUGUGCGUGUUUGUGAGUGUGUGGUUUGUACACAAAUGCGUAAACGCGUAACGCCAGCCAGCACCUACUACGAUUGAGGGUCAGGUAGCGGCUUGCUGUACGAACAAACGGCCAAAAAAAAAAAAGAGAGCAAAUCAUCGGUUCGUCCGCAACACAAAAGGGCCAAACCACCGAAGGAAGGGCCCGUUCUGGCUGUCCCGUACAGUAACAACAACAGCCCAAAAUACAACCCAACAUACACCGGAAAGAAACAGAACGGCUUUAAGGCCAUCAAUCCCAUUCCCCUUUCGAGUCUGCUACCAGCCAACAAGCGCACACAAGCAAUGGAACCGAUGGAAGCCCGCGUUGCGAUGCUGCAGGACCUGAAGAUCCAAUCGUUUGACACGAUUCGCUUCGCUUCCUAUCGCACUGCCUGCAAGCUGCGCUACGUACAGAAAUCUACCAACCUGCAUCUGGUCGACAUCUGGAAUGUAAUUGAGGCGUUCCGCGAAAAUGGACUGAACACGCUCGAGCCCCAGAACGAGGUCAGCGUUAGCCGGCUCGAGACGCUCGUGUCGUCGCUGUACCACAACCUGAACAAACGGCUGCCGCCAACGCAGCAGGUGCACGUCGACUCGAAGGCUAGCCUGCUCCUGAACUGGCUGCUGGCGGCCUACUCCGGCGACAACUCCGGCAAGAUACGCGUCUUCUCGAUCAAGGUUGCGCUCGCGAUCAUGUGCGCCGGCAAGAUGGUCGACAAGCUACGAUAUAUCUUCUCGCAGAUUUCCGACGGUGCCGGCCAGCUAAUACACUGGAAGUUGGGCGAUUUCCUGCGCGAGGUGCUCGCCCUGCCGGCCGCCGUCUUCGAGUCGCCCACCUUCUUCUACAAGGAGGGCCUCGAGUCGGAGAUCUUCCCGGUGGAGAACAAAAUUACGGUGAACGACUUUAUGACCGGCUUCAUGACCGAGCCCGGGCCGGCCUGUCUCGUGUGGAUGCCGCUGCUGCACCGGCUCGCCACGGUCGAGUCCGUCGUCCAUCCGACCGUCUGCUCCGUGUGCAUGAGGGAAAACUUUACCGGCUUCCGGUACCGCUGCCAGCGCUGCCACGGGUAUCAGCUGUGCCAGGACUGCUUCUGGCAGGGGCGCGUCUCGCUGAACCACCAGAACGACCACGAGGUGAAGGAGUACUCGAGCUACAAAAGCCCCAGCAAGCAGAUUGGCCACUCGCUGCGCAAAAGCUUCCGGUGCGUGCCGGACAAACAGAUCCAACCGUUGCCCCGGUUCCCGGAGCAGCCCGAGAAAACGCUCAACCUGUCGCACAUCGUGCCGCCGUCGCCGCUACCCUCGCACAACGGCUUCCCGGACGGUGGCAUACCGGGGCUGUACGAUCGCAGCAGCACGCUGGACUCGCGGGCGACCGGCUUGUCGCUGGACAGCAACGGAACGUCCGGUACGCGCGGUGCCGUUAAUUCCAACGACGAGGAGCACAGACUGAUUGCGCGAUACGCAGCGCGACUAGCACAGGAAUCGCGAACGCCCGGUGGAUCCGCCCCCGACCCAGUACAGAUAGGGCUGGACAGUUCGCGGGCCCAGCGCGAACUGAUCAUGCAGCUCGAAUCGAAGAACAAGGAAAUUAUGCGCGAAAUUCAGAAGCUGCGGCGCCAGCAGGAAGCGGAACAGGUCGCCCCCGAAAGCCCCGCCCUGAUGAACGAGCUGCGCGCGCUGCGCCAGCGCAAGGGCGAGCUGGAGGGGCAUCUCGGUGCGCUGCAGGACUCGCGCCGGCAGCUGAUGGCCCAGCUCGAGGGGCUGAUGCGCAUGCUGAAGAACCAUCAAACGCAAAGCCCUCGCUCGACGCCCAACUCUAGUCCACGGUCGGGCAAAAGCCCACCGAUACCGCAGGGGCCACCAAUGCCAAACCAAGGCGGCCCCCGUCAGGGCCCGAUGAACCCCGGCGGUUCCGGGCUGCCCCCCAAUAUGCCCCCCGGUAUGCUGCCGCCCGGGGUAGGAAUGCACCCGCAAGAUGCGCACAUGGGCCCCGGCGGCAUGGACAUGCGGGGAUACGCCCCGAACGGAAACAACAAUGGUGGUGGUAGUGGUGGUGGUAACAUCAUUAAUGGCGGCAGUGGUACGCUUGGCACGCGAUCGAACGCCGCCGGAGCGUGUCCGCCGGCCGGUGGCCGGUCGGAUCUGCACUACGCGGCCGAUUCCGUUUCCACCGCAAUGUCCUCGCUGGUGCGCGAGCUUAACUCAGUUUUCUAUGCGCACUACGAAGGACAUCUUCCGCCCGGCGUCGUACAUAAGCCGCCGAUGCGCUACUUUUCAGAGGGAUCCGACGAUGACAGUAUCGCCUCGUCGCAGCACACUAUGCGCCAUUCGCUAGACUUUGACGAGAUGCACAUGACAACGCAUGAGUGGAGCGAAAAGGAUAAUACUCAAUGGCAGGAACAGUUUGCUGCCUGGAGCCUUAACUCGCAAAACCAAUGAACGGCCAAUGAACCGUGCAAUACAAGCAGCAAAUGAAGGGCGCUUCAAGCAAUCGUUGGAGGACGAUCAAACGAUCGCACGGCGCCUAACGCGCGAGCGGAAGUUAAUUUUUAGUGUAUCACUAAGGAUAAAACACAAUUUCAGACAGCUCUAUUACCUUUUCGCAUUGCAACACACAUUGUCAUUAGCGUUACACAUUAGCGCGUACGGAUACUUAAGGCUUUGUUUUUGUUGUUUGUAUUUUACAUGUAUUGUACCUAUUUUUUAACGUGUUUCCCUUCACAAACGGGGUGGUUUCACAGAAGCAUACAAGAACAAACAAGAAGCGAAUACUGAUCUGUUUGAAGCAAUAAUGCAAAAGCGCAACACAUGCAUUCCAGGCAUAAGAUAAGAUCAUGCAAAUGGAAAGGAACACAUUUUUAGUGAUACAAGACGAACAGGUCUUGUUAGGGUUAGUAUUGUUACGAAAGCGUUUUAUGGACUUGAAGCAAGCUCUAGAUGCAGCCACAGCCUCUUGCCAGAACUAAGAAACAUCUUUGAUUUCAAUCACUCUAUUCAACGGUACCCAGUUAGCGGUAGGUUUAAAAAUGGUAAUUUAUCUGCUUUACCUCAAUUGUGGUCUUCCAAGCUACUUAUCUAACUAUAGUUUAUUUUUUAAUAUUUUAUAAUUUAAUAUAAGAUCACUAGGAAUGAUGUUUUAAAACAACAACCAAUCAAACUAUUAUUUUAUAAGUUACUACGGGAAAGUUGCUUCGUUUUCCUUACAGACACUUAUUUUAAUAAAAUGAUUUUUGUUUUGUUAUUCUAA